AUGGCCAACCAAAGCGGAAAGCUAAUCUGUUUAUACAACCGAGGAACAUCCAGUCACAAURUCAUAUCGACCACUUUAUCUAWUGACCAUAUCAACUUCCCAUUGGACUGCUUUCAUGAGGAUGUCAAUGCCAAUAAAAAGAACAUUUACAUGUUUACGCAGCAAUCUGCUGACAGAUACGAGAUCCAUCAGGACAUUACGUCUAACAGCAGUUGCUGUAACUGGAAACUUGAAAAUAUAGCAGUGCACAACUCUACUAAACUUGAAACAAAUGAUUCAUCGGCAUGUGAUCAAGGUUGGUAUCGAGUAGGUAAUUCAUGCUUACUAAUAAUCAUUAAUGAUCGCAUCAAUGGAUGGCAUCAACAUGGAAAACGCUGCAUGGAAGUCAAUAGCAGAUUGGUAUCUUUCCAAAGGCCAAACGACCUAGAAUCAAUUUCAGGUCUCCUACAGAAACUAAAUCUCCCGAAGUACAAAUUCUUCUCAGGGUAUUCAGUACAAGUAACAUGGCGAUGGCUUGAUGGGGAGGUCCCUUUUUCUGAUUUCUGGGGAUGGCAUACCGUACCCUCAUACCGAUAUGGAAACUGUGCAUAUUUAUUCCGUGGUUUUUCCAGAGGUUUUUUGCAUUCUUUUCGUUGCAAAUACAAGAUGAACUUCGUCUGUGAAGACACAGUUGGUCAGCCACGCCCAAUGGCCGUCUAUCCAAUGAGCGCAGAAAGUGGUGUUAAAGAGGCAAUUUCCGACCGCAACAGUUCUCUUCUUGAUGGAAAAAUGACAUCCAUGGUAUUUCAGCGUGGUCCGUUCGACGAUAAAGAAGGUUCCAUUUUCUUCAAUGGCUCUUCAGGAAGUUUUGUUAGCAUUCUUAAUCGAGGAUGCCUGAACACACAAUUUUCUUUUACCAUAAGCUUGUGGAUCUUUCAAGAAGAAACCACCUCUGGAACAAUAAUUUGCUACAAGGACGGCUUACAAAUGUCACUUUCCCACAGACAUCUCAUAGCGAAAUUUGUAUUUAAGAGAUACAAAUCAGAAACGCUAAAAAUAUUUGGACUUCAAAAUGGUAUCUGGCAUUCCGUAGGUUUUUCAUAUGAUUAUAUGACAGGAAAAGCAAAAGUGUGGAUUGGUAACACCACAGUCUCACGGAGCGUAGGAGAGCAAAAAGAACUUGCAACAACCAAGGGAUUGCGCAUCGGUGCAUCGUUUACCAAUGAUACUAAGGGAUAUUUUACUGGUAGAAUAUCUGAUUUAAGAAUCUAUGAUUAUGCUUUGUCACACAGUCAAAUUAUAAAUUCAAGGAAAGUCAAAGCGAAAAAAGGAAUGUUUGCAUGCCGUGACGGCUUUAUUGGAGUGCAUGGCAAGUGUUUUUACGUAUCUCGUCACGUAGCUAUUUAUGAAAAUUCCUCAAAAUACUGCAAAUCCAUUGGUGCAGCUCUGGCCAAGGUAGACAGGGAAUAUGUAAGAAAUGGUCUCAAUCGAUAUCUUCGAUAUAGAKWUYWUUGGAUUGGACUUAAAAAAUACUAUGAAUGGUAUGGUUCMGAUGGGACUGCUCUUCAAGUGAAGACAUGGAAAACAACUYACCCUUAUGUCGCAAUUCGUUCAGGCAAGUCUAUCUUGGAAAACGUCAAUGGAUAUUCCAAAUAUACUGGAGCUGUGUGCCAGAAAUAUGGAUUAAACAAAGCCUUCAAAGGUACAGCAAAUUCAUCCAGUGUUGAAAAUAUGUCGAGUCAAGGUUUUGCAGUGGAUGGAAUUAUAGAAACAUGUUUUACUAGCAAACAGGAAAAUUUUCCAUUCAUAAAAGUCCAACUAAAACAACCGAUGUACGUGAACCAAGUGGUCCUUGUAUUGAGAAAGUCCUGCUGUGACGAGAAGUUAAAAUUGCGCGUCACAAUUGAAGAUAAAAACAAGAAAGCUACAGCCUGCUCAUCAGUUUCUAGCUCUUCUAUCGAUAAUCGUUUAAACUUUAACUGCCCAAUUGUAUUUACCUCUCUUGACGUCAUACUGACAAGAAUGGAGAAGAAUUCGACGUUGCAAGUAUGCGAAAUGCAAGUCUACGAUCUCGACGAUUACCAUGGUGCUCUUCAAGAAAUUUGGUUUCAUAAAAUACAUAAACUGAGCAUAACGGGUUUAAAAUCUUUGAUCAGUAAAAGCAAACCAGCAGUCUCAAGCGUGAUGAGAAACUUUGAAGCCUCAAUGAACAUCGCUGAUUUUUAUGGACAACGUUUAUCGUCAUUUCUGAAGAUUUCUACAAGUGGAAAAUAUAUCUUUUAUAUGGCAUGCAAAGAUGCUUGUGAGCUGAUGUACAAGGUGGUACCAGAUUUUAUAUUCAGAGAGGAAACAAUGCAAGUUCUCUUGAAACCAAAAAGAACAACAGCUCGACCAAAUAAUUGGAAUCGAGAUUCAAGUCAAAUGUCUUCACCUGUAUUUCUCCAUCGAUGUGCAUUUUAUCGGCUAGAAGCCUAUACAGUAACAGAAAGAGGAUACGAGCAUUUGAGUGUUGGAAUAAGGAUGGCAAAAGAUGGAAAGCUUUUAAGACCAAUAUCGGGUAGUUUGCUUCAACGCACACUAACAGGGAAUCGGACGUUCUCACUUUCAUUUAAAGACAACAGUCAGAGAGUAACUGUUCACGUUAAUUCAGUUGUAAUAAGUGGCUCUUAUCAAUAUUGCUGCAAUGGAAUAUACUGUCCCAAUUGUCCACUGUAUUUUUACCUGAACAGUACAAAGGCAUUGAUAGGAAACUUCACAAAAAUGUCUUGCAAGCCAACGUAUUUUGAAUUUGUACUAAGGGAUUACUACCAACUCGGAAAAGACUCCCUUGAGAUUGCUUUUGACUUUCCCGAUGAAGACCUAAAAUUGUCCAAAACAGUUGGAUCGAUUGAAAUAAAAGCUGUAAUCAUUAAUGAGUGCUCAUUCGCCAAUGGGGUCUGCAGUUGGCUAAAUACAGACAAUGUAACCUGUUGGGAAAUGUCAACUGAUAUAAACGACGAAGYAUUCCCCUUUGUAAAAGUGGACAAAAAGUGCAGAUCUACAUUGAAGAGUAAUAAUCUUCCUUGGAAACCGUACCAAAUGAAUACCAGUCUUUGCAUUCAGUUUUCAUAUCGCAUGUCUUCUGAAGGAUCACUUUCAGUUGUACGUUACAGCAAUGCCGGCGAAGAAAGGCUUUGGAAUCUGACAGGUUAUCAGGGAUCCGCUUGGCACAUAGGACGUGUUGAACUAUCAGGGAUUAGUAUACAGAAGAUUGGAUUUGAGGGACAUGGCACGAAAAGCGGAAGCACAAGCGUAGGUCUUACCAACAUUACUGUAGCAACACAUAGGUGUGAAAGACAUCCAAUAUAUGCAAAGCCAGAGCUGGCCUUCUGCAAAAGGAACGAGUUUCAAUGUGACAACAAACAAUGUAUCGAUCGAAAGCUGAAGUGUGACGGUGACAAGCAUUGUAUCGAUGAAUCUGAUGAAAGAGGCUGCGAUUGUCCAUCGGUUAAGUUCCUGUGCCCAAGUGGAGAGUGCAUCGAUGUUGCCAGUGUGUGUAACGAUAAACCAGACUGCGCAGAUGGAACUGACGAAACAAAUUGCGGUGAGAGAUUAUAA